UCCAUUCCCGCCACAUAUACACACACACACACACACACACAAUUUGUAACUUAUAUAACUCACCAGUAACUCACUAGUAAACUCUUCAGAGUUCAUUUUUAGACGAAGUGAUGUCAAUAAAAAAAGAGUCCAAGCCAAAUCUCAGCCAUUCCCAGGUGACAGAAAUUAUUUCUCGUCUUUAUGGGUUAACCGUGUCCACUAUACGUCCUAUGCCCAGUUACGAUGAUCAGAAUUUCCACCUGGUGUGUGUGGAUGCUGGUGAGUUUGUGCUGAAGGUUAUGAACUCUUCAGACAGUGAGAACGUCAAACUGCUUGACCUUCAGACACACAUCAUGAACUUCCUGCAACAGAAAGGACUUCCAGCUCAGAAGGCUAUGUGCACCAUUAGGGGGGAGAUGAUGAGUCUGGAGGAGAUUGAUUGUGGAUAUGGCCAGCAGAAAUAUCUUGUACGUUUGUUGACGUACAUGCCUGGAACUCCAGUGGCCAAAAUAACCUGCACCCCUCGGCUACUGUACGAAAUUGGCAAAUUGGGUGCCAUGCUGGAUCAGGUUUUACUGUUGAUGAAGCAUGAGAACCUCAGUGUUCUUCAGAGGGAGAAUUUCAUCUGGAGUUUGUCCUGCGUUCCUCUCAUAAAGGAUUAUCUCCCUGUGAUUGACGGUGAUCCGAUGCAGGUCAUCAUUAAAGGAGUUAUUGAUCAGUACCAAAAUUAUGUGGUACCAAAACUCCCUUUCUUCCGAAAAUGCAUAAUCCAUGGAGAUAUGAAUGACCACAACAUUCUUGUGGAAAAGGAUGGACCUUCAAGUUACAAGAUCAGUGGGAUUCUGGACUUCUGCGAUAUGAGCAGCGGGUAUUUUGUGUUUGAGCUGGCAAUCAUGAUCAUGUACAUGAUGAUUGAAAGUGCAAAUCCGUUGGAGGUCGGGGGUCCAUUGAUCGCUGGGUUCGAGAGCCUCUGGCCUCUGACCAGUGAUGAAAGAGAUGCUUUGUAUACACUGGUGCUAAGUCGACUCUCUCAGUCACUGGUGUUUGCACAUUCUGCAGUCUUCCAGCAACCAGAAAACGCAGAGUAUCUGAUGAUUACGGCAAAAAACGGGAUUAGACUCCUCCAGCUUUUGUGGGACAAAGGAAAAGAGGAAGUAGAGAAAAUAUGGUUUGAUAGAGCAGCAAACAUCUCAAAAAAUAUCUCAAUGCUAACUCCUAAUUCCUAAAGUCUAAAUACCAAAUCCAGUGGAACCUUGGAUUGCGAGUACCUAGGUCUGUGAGCGUUUUGCAAAAUUAGCUAAAUUUUAACUUCAUAAAUGAGUGAGGUCUUGAUGUACAAGUAGUACUCAUGCGCUUUGUCUGACGAGCGUCAUGUGAUCACAACUAAGCCAAUGGUUCUUUUCUCUCAUGCGCUGCGGGAUUAUGAGUAAUCGUCUGCGAUGCUCAGUUUCAGUGCAUGUACUUAUAGUCAACAUCUGUGCGCACUGUUUAUUAUAAAAUUGUGACCACAUGUGUGCGCGCUUAAAGCAAAAGCAAGUGUCAUUAGAGAGGUUCCUUGUUUAAAAUUCCGUCUCAGUCUGUCAGAGAGCAGUGAUUCAUUAGAAUGUGUUUGUGCACACAUGCGUUUGUGUGCAUUUAUGUGAAAGUCAUCCUACACAGUGGCCUUCUCCUCUCUCGUCUUACUUUAGCUUCACACACGCAGUGUGCACGCAUAAACACACACACUAACGGAAACACUGCUCUGUCAAAGUUCUUUUCAAAGGUAAAGUGGAGGCUAAUUUGUUUUAUUUUUACUUUACAUUUGUAUUAAUUCUAAUGUUUGGUUGAGGUACAAAUCAUCUGAUUUUCCAUUAUUUUUUACUUUGACAUACGAGUGCUUUGAUAUACAAGCAUGCUUCCAGAACAUAUUAUGCUCGCAAUACAAGGUUUAUCUGUAAAAACUGCUAACCCCAGCGCUGCAGAUGUUAAUUUAACUACAGCAGUCCACAUUCUGUACUGGAAAAAAGUGGGCUUGAGUAAGUGAAUGUGGGCCUGGUUGUGCAAGUGUAAACCAGGAUACUGUAGGUCGUUCUGUAUAUGGCUGUAUUGUUGCUUAAAUGAGAACAGGAAUACAUUUUAUCUUGCUUUUGGUUUUCUGAAUGAAAAGGCAUUACGUUGUGAUGUAAUGUGUUCUAUCUGUAUGUUGGUUAAUUAAACAGCACUGUAAUUGAGUGAUUUCUAUAAAAUAUACAACUUCACUGA